UUCCGGGUAGUGACGUGCACGGCCCCGCCCCCUCUCGCCGGCGUUGAGUGUCGCGGCCCGGCCCGAUCCCGCUCCCGCGCCGCCGCCAUCAUGGACCCGGCCGGGAAGGAGAAGGAGGCGCUGCAGCUGCUGGCCGAGGCCGACAAGAAGGUCCGCGGCUCCCAGUCCUUCUUCGCGGGGCUCUUCGGGGGCUCCUCCAGGAUAGAAGAAGCAUGCGACAUCUAUGCCCGUGCAGCCAAUAUGUUCAAAAUGGCCAAGAACUGGAGCGCCGCUGGGAAUGCCUUCUGCCAGGCCGCCCAGCUCCACCUGCAGCUGCAGAGCAAGCACGACGCGGCCGCCAACUUCGUGGACGCUGGCAACGCCUUCAAGAAGGCUGACCCCCAAGAGGCCAUUAACUGCCUGAUCAGAGCCAUCGAGAUCUACACGGACAUGGGCCGGUUCACCAUUGCCGCCAAGCACCACAUAACCAUCGCAGAGAUCUACGAGACAGAGCUGGUGGACAUCGAGAAGGCCAUCGCACACUAUGAACAGGCUGCCGACUAUUACAAGGGGGAGGAAUCCAACAGCUCUGCUAACAAGUGUCUGCUGAAGGUGGCCACGUACGCGGCACAGCUGGAGCAGUAUCAGAAAGCCAUUGAAAUCUAUGAGCAGGUGGGCACCAGCGCGAUGGACAGCCCCCUGCUGAAAUACAGCGCCAAGGACUACUUCUUCAAGGCUGCCCUCUGCCACUUCUGCAUCGACAUGCUCAAUGCCAAGUUGGCCAUGCAGAAGUAUGAGGAGAUGUUCCCGGCCUUCACGGACUCUCGGGAGUGCAAGCUGGUCAAAAAGCUGCUGGACGCCCAUGAAGAACAGAGCAUCGACAAUUACACUGACGCGGUAAAGGAGUACGACUCCAUCUCGCGGCUGGACCAGUGGCUCACGACCAUGCUGCUUCGCGUUAAGAAGACCAUCCAGGGCGAGGAGGAGGACCUGCGCUAGGCCCCAGCCCUCCACGGCAGAGCUGUGCACGGAUGGGGAGGGUGGGAUGUGGUGGGCGGGGGGUGGGCAGUGGACUGGAACAAUGUAUAUUUAAUCCCUUUCACCCCCCACCCUGCACCCAAAGAGCACCCCGUGGCACCAGCUGCGUCCUCUUGGGACCCCUUUGCUCUCUCCGGAGCUCCCUCCCGGCUGUACAUGAUUCUUCCUACCCCCCUCCUCUAUUUAAUGAUGUAAUAUAUUCCCUAGAGCUGCCCCUGCUCAUGCUGGCUUUGACAGACACCCCGCAACCUGCCACUCUGGGGAGGGGAGGCCUGGGCCAUGCCCUGUCCCUGUGCUGUCCACACCCAGGGUUUGGACUCUCUUUUUUUUCCCACCCCCCAAACCAGAGCAGGGCAGGGCUCCCUGCGUGCCCUGCAGGGCCGUGGCUGUGCUAGGCUAGGCCGCCUCCCAGCCGAGGCAGGCACACGGGGAAGACGGUCUCUGCUACCCUCCCCUUACCCCGCCAAUGCGCUCUUUCCCGGCCCUCUGGUCUCCGGCAGGGCCAGCCCAUGUUGGUGCCCCUCUCCCCUGCCUUUUUGAAGAGCUGAAAAACCUCAUGUCCAGGAUCUCCGCUGUCCCCCAUCGCUGCUGGGAGACCCUUUGCUACGUCCCUGGGUCGCAGCUCCCUUCCUCCCUAACCCCCUGAGUGCAAGCAAGCUGCAUACGCUGGCUCGAGGAAACAUUUCUCCCUUUCCACGUGGCUACAGCCAGCUCCAGGGAUGUGGGUCACAUGGAGCCCACCCCCGGGACUGGGAGAUCCUCCCCCUCCGGCCUGGGCAGCCGACAUAGCACUCAGCAUCCACUGUGGUCGUGACCCAUUGCCUGGUUCAAUCCCUUCUCCUUCCAUUCAGAGUAGGUAGCAGACAGGAGGCGGCCGAGCCGGGAGCACCGUGGGCUGGGAGCUCGGGAUCGUACGUACGGUGCCUGUCGGUGUGGAAGGUUUUGUUCCCAGGGGUGGGAUGCCGGCGCGUGCCCCGCGGUCGCUCCCAGCCUUGCGCCCCGUGUCAGGCAAACUCAGUGGGAUGGGGACGGGGCUCCUGUUGCAUGUUUUACCGUCACCCCCUCUUGCUGACUGUAGUAAUUGCAAAGGAAAACAAAUAAACCCUGCAUGAGCAGAACAAA